AUACUUGACUUGUGUCGAAUUACCAGCAAUAGCUUGUGAAGCCGGAAUAGGACUCAUCCCCACUGAAAGUAUCCGACACGGUAUACCGUUGCCAAGCCCUGAUGGCCGGAAGAGAUCAACACAAGAAAUGGCGAUACUGACAGUGCAAAGUGAGGUAGUGUGGAGCCGCCAACCAAAGUUUGAGAUAAAGCCAGACAACAGGGUAUCUUUUAUGCAACAGAAGUGCAUUUUUUGCUCGCACUGGAUGCAAUCUAGAUGCGUUGCCAGCAAACACUGUCCAUAGCAACUCCAGUGACAAAUGACCAAUGAUAAGCUAUCAAGUUAGCUAAGAAUGUAGGUAACAACAAAGUCACCGAAUUCUCUGAAUGGACCAUACGAUAAUAUCGAGGUGGAAAUGUGAGUUUCAAGGGGUUUGGAAAAAUUCCCCCUAAGAGGGAAUUGAAUCGGUAAGACCGGAGAAUCGAGGUACAUCGAAGCCCUGUAGCAGCGCCCUCGAAACACGAAAUGCCAUGUAUGUUGGUGAUGGAAGGACCAAUAAUAGCUCAUCUGUUUCCAGCGAGCCCGACUGAGCGGAACGUGGCAGGGUGGAUCGGAGGGAAGGAAUCCAUGUAUAAAACUGAUUGCGAAGCAAAGCCCGGCAUCGUCGCCGGUGGAGAACAGAAAAAUCUCAUUGAUGGACGUUGCCCGCAUGGGCCUAGUUACCAGAUGUUGCAUACAAGAAGCAAGGUAGUGUUGGGUGACUCCGCGAGGAAAAACGGCAGAGCCAGAAUCGCCUCGAGACUGAUUGAAUGCUGGCCGAAUGGAAUAGGGUAUAAUCUAAUACGCUUCAGGAGCUCACCGAGACGUACACCUUCUAGGAGCAGACACCUCCACUGCCAGCUUCUGGGAGAGUGCCUUACUUCCUGGCCAAGUUGUAGACUCUAUCCACCAACGUACUUUCAAUUAUACGAAAGAAUCGAGGCGAGGUCCAGUUUCGCCUUUCAUUCCUGAUAUCUGUUCGCCCCCAACAAAGCUGCUUCGCCAAUACCCAACAGGAUGGACUCCCCAGGCAAUACUGUUCCAGUCUCCGGGUCCAGGGCAGGCUUAGGCUCGUGAAACAGUCAUAUACCGGCCUGUGGCGAAUGCGAAGGAUGAAGGUUAGUGGACAGCGCAGCAUGCCAUUCUGAUCGGUCACGAGCAAAG